AUGGCGGAGGGUGAAGGACGGCGAUGGACGGGGCUAGGCGGGGUGGUGCGACGGAUGAGACUUGGUGCUGCCUGUGGCAAGCCGGGAACCCCAAACCCUAACGAAUUUGGUGCUGACAUAGAGCUGCAGAUGAUAAGGUGGACGAGCGGCGUCGGCAUCGGCGGAGCGCACCAGUGGCGACCAGGCGGGCAGCGAAGGUGGAGGGUGGGAGCACGAUGUGUGGGUGCGGGAUCCGGCAGCGGAGGGGGUCGGAGAGACUGA